GCCCUCAGACGCGUGUUUAUUUUUUGAUGACUUCUGAGCAUAUUCUGUACAAGUUCUCGAGCAUAAAAUGAUAACAAGGAGCUUAAUAAUAAGUUUAUUACCGAAGGCUGAGUGAAAAGGAUAAGCUACAAGAUCGGUGAUUCUGCGUCGAUUCCAUUCAAGACACAAGGCUAGCUUGUUUGAGUGCCGUUGAAGAUACUGCAGAACUAACGUUAGCUUUGAUCUGUUCAUAUUCACGUAUUUGUUGCUGAUUAGCUAGUGGUUAACCUAUAAAAUCAAACAAAUUACAUUUCGGAAGUUUUACCUCGUUUGCCUAUCUACGGUAACCAGUUGAUAAGAUAGCUACCUGCGUUAGCUAGUUUAUGCAGGAGCAAUGUCAACGGUUCACUCACAGGAUUCCGUGUCCGCUUUUCAGAGCCAACUUGCCUCGAUCAUGGAAAUUUUGGUGAGAAAUGCAGUCUGUGAAAUAACAAAACUGUUCGAAAUCAGAUUAGCCGAAUUUCAGUCUAUGCACCUUGAGAAAGAAAACGCACUGCAAGUCAAAAUGCAGGAAAGUACAGUAUCAGAAGAAGCGGAUGAGGAGUUCCGAGUCACCGGUGGGAGUAAGAAGAGAGAUCCUGAGACCUGGGAUGAGCACCUUUGCAUCGGCACCAUUGAUGUGUUUGGGCAGUUUGUUUCCGACAGUAAUGAAAACGAAACGAAAACUGUGACAGGAGUAACGUUACCAGAAAAGCAGGACGAUGACAGUGCCACGAUGGAGCACGAGUUGGACCAGCGUUGGAACAGUGAUGUGUGGCGAGAUAGAGAGGGAACGGAGGAUCCGGCCGUCCAGGUGAAACAGGAGAUGGCUGAUGUGGAGACAUAUGUGUACUGCUCUGCAUGUGGAAAGACACCUGUGUCGUCGGGGGCGCUGUGUACCGCAUGUACAGACUUCAGCCACCAGAGGGCGCAGAUAGACUCCCAGCCUUCAUCACUUUUGCAGCCAGAAUCCCUUGAGCUCAGGAAGCGUAAGGGAAAGUGCCACUAUAGCCCGGUGGAGGAGAGCAGAAUUUUGAGCACCCAUCCACUGUCAUCCAGACUUAUUGAGAGACACAUCACCAUAGUGAGGAAGGGAGUCAUUCCUACCCUUCAGCAGUGCAGGAGCUGCUGCAGGCUGGUCCACUGCCCCUUCUGCAAAGACUAUGUGUAUAAACCCAAGACCAUGUACCAUGUGAGGCGACACAUAGAGACCCACUUGAAGUCUGGAGUGCACCAUGGAGAUUACAUCAUCUGCCGCUGCAAUCUGGAGUGCCGCAGAGGGGCCCACUUCCACUGCCUCUGGUGCUCGAAGACAUUGUUACGCAGAGUUGACUUCCUGAACCACCUCAUCGUCUGUCAGAAGAAGAGCUCCCUGUUCACCCAGCUCCUGCACCAAGACAGCCCACUCCCUGCCACAAGCUCAUACGAGCUACCAUCGCUGCCUGCAAUGGGUGGAGUCUGACCGUGCACUCUUAUGAAAGGAGACGCAU